CUAUCUUAAAUAUAAUAUCAAAUUUUGAAUAAACCGCCUUUAUUGUGCUGCCCUUGCAUGUCCUUGGUUGCAGUCCAAACAGUGCAGUUAAACACAAGUCUAAUGAUUUAAUCGAGGUGAUCAAUUGUUACCUUAGAUUGUUGUAUCAUACAGUAAUAAUUUAAUCGUAUUGUUUAUUGCGAAAGUACAAUUUAUUAAUUGUUUAAACUAUUACUUUUAAAUUACUCAUAUUAUCUAUGUGCAAGUGAGGUUAACGAUAACUGGUGCUAACCUCUUCAACGCACGUGGUAUCACGACAGUUGUUCGCGUAGAUUCUUCCCUGCAGAUGAUUGACGCCAAAAUUAAGAAACGUAAGGUGUCUAAAAAGACAAAAAAAUCGUGGAGGAAGCACAUCGAUACUCAAGAUGUAGACGCGUUUCUCGAGGACAAGAGAUUAGAGGAACGACUGGGGGCUCCUUUGUCAGAGCAAACAGAUUCUCAGCUAUUUAUUGUCGACAAGGUCGCCGAUAAAACUGAAACUGUUUUAUCUUCCAAACGUGCAGCCAGGUUAGCCUUGAAGGAAAAAGAAGCAAGAUGUUUCGCUCCUUUGAAACCACACACGCAAGUUCCCGAUCCGAUCCCGAAGCGAAACCGAGUCAGGACCAAGGAGGAACGUAUGAGUUCUAUAUUGCGGCAACGUGAAGCAGACAGGAAAUUGAAGGGUAUUCUUAAAUUGAAGGAGAAAGAAGCGUUGAAGAAUAGGGCACUUGCGAGAGCUGCUUUCCUGAAACGUCCUAAGAGGGGAGAAUUUAAAAAUGACAUAUGGGAUGUUACGAGCAAUCUACUACCAGAAGCAGUCACUGAAUGGAUGUCAACAGACAGUAUCAGACAUACAGUCAAGCAUAUGGGGGUACAAAAGAGGAAGUUGCCUUCAUCUUUACAUAAGAAAACAUCUAUUCUACCGGCAGUAGAAAUACCACAUCCUGGUACAUCUUAUAAUCCAUUGCACACUGAUCAUCAAAAGCUGCUGAACGAAAUUGCCCAGAAAGAAUUGGAACUUAUGAAAGAAGAGGCACAUUUAGACAGAGUCACGUCUAAGAUGUUCAAGAAGAUUCCGGUAGGUAAAAGAGAAGAGUAUCUGAUGAAAGAAAUGUCAGAGGGUUUGCCAGUAGAGAAACAAACCAUGGCAGGUUCUAAGCCUACCAAAGAAGACCUUGUUGAAGAGGAAGAUUUGUCUGUAGCAAUAGCAAACAGUAAAUCUGUCAAGAAUGUCAAAAAAACGCUUGUACAGAGGAGAAAGCAGCAGGAGCAGAAACAAAUAGUCAAUGAACAUGCUCUGGCUAAAGUUGAGAAGAGGAAGGUCUCUGAUAUCUAUAAGUUAAAGGUUCUGAAGAAGCAGAUAGAUUCCAAAGAAAAGAAGGAAGAACUUUUGCGACAGAAACGUGUGAAAAAACGUGAAAGGGAAUCCACCAUACCAAAGAUUCUGAGCAAGACGAAAUUCGAGCCCUUGAAUCCUGAUUUCUUACUCUCGGAAGAAUUGUCUGGAAAUCUAAGAAACUUAUGUAAUCCCAGUAAGAACCUUCUAAAAGACCGAUUCAAAUCUCUUCAGCAGAGGAACAUUCUUGCACCGAGCGUCAUAAAAUUGACGAAAGACAAAGCAAAGGUGAAGAGAUUCGUGAAACCGGAUCAUAAAAUAAAUUUACCCGAGGCGUAAAAAUAAGGAAGAUAACAUAUUGUCCACAGCAAUAUUUUCUGACAGCAAUCUGGAUAUGGAAUGUGGCAUGUGUCGAGCUACUUCAAGUUGAAACACACCGGCCAAGUCCAGGAGGCGAUUAUACAAUUCUUCAUUGAGUCUGGAGCGUCAUUCAAAUGUAAUAUCAAUUUCUUAGCGAGGAAAUUUCAACAGGGACAAAUAAAACUCGUCCUUUUUUUA